AUGAGUCAACAACAGCCAAGCAGGCCGCAAGCCAUGGACAACGAUCAGGCCGCGGCGGCGUCCAUCAAAUACGGCAACGUUUUCAGCGUCCAGGGGGAUCUCGCUACGAAACCGGUGGCCCCGGGAGACGCAGCCGCCUUGCAAGCCGCAGAGAGCCGGGCGCUUGGCGCUGGGCAGAGCCUCCGAGGCGGGCCCGCCGCCGUCAUGGAAUCCGCUGCUGCAGUCAACUACGGAGCCGGCGCCGUCCACGGGAACCAAGUCACCGACGCCGUCAGAGAAGGUGGGGUUUCCGUCACCGCCACAGACGUCGGCGGCACCCGCAUAGUCACCGAAAGAGUUGCCGGCCAGGUGGUGGGGCAGUAUGUGGACCCGACAGGAGGGGUUCCGUUACAGGUGGCGGCCACCGGAGGAGGUGGUGGUGAUGGGAUAACGGUGGGGGACGCGCUGGAGGCGGCGGCGCUGUCGGUUGGGGACAAGCCUGUGGACCAGGCGGAUGCGGCGGCGAUACAGGCUGCGGAAGUGAGGGCGAUUGGUAGCAAUCGGAUACCGCCAGGCGGAAUCGCGGCCCAGGCCCAGGCGGCGGCCACCCAGAAUGCCAGAACCAUGGGCGACGAGAAUAAGACUACCAUUUCCGAUGUCCUCUCGGACGCGGCGACGAAGCUGGGGGCGGAUAAGGAGGUGACGAGGGAAGAUGCGCAGGGAGUGAUUGAAGCGGAGAUAAGGAACAAGCCGGACAUGCGGACUACUCCCGGUGGAAUCGGCUCUGCUAUGGCAGCCGCCGUCAGGGUUAAUCGUGACAUCCAGUAG